AUGAGGAGCGAUGGGGACUGCAAGAGCCUGCCAUCUUCUACUAGCUUUUUCAACACAAGUGAUUUGGUGCACCCUGAAAGCGCCACCAUCAUGCCCCCAAGCCCCAUUGCCUCGACUUCCGCGCAACCCGUGCUCGAGUUCAAUGGGACCACCAUCUUUGCACCGCCACCGGCGCCUACCUACCGCUACGCGAUCUCGCUCAAGAACGACAGGCUACGCAUCAUCUGGCUCGAGGACUACGACAGCAAAAAACAAUGCCUCUUUAUUGCAGCUUUCUUGUUUUACCAACUGUAUGGUCCUCUCCAGUGUUUUUGUGAAGUAUUAAAUAUUGCUGGCGAUGGCAUUGACAAGAUUGCGAGCACAUUCAGCCGCGUCAAGGACGAAACCUUCCGGUUGGAGAUCGCAGUAACACUUCAGGUGCUGCGUAAGUCCCGUGGGAUGACAUACGCAUUCGUGUUGGAACCGAUUUCAGUCGAGCGCAUUGACGUUCUGGAAUCCAAGAUCGAAAUGGAUAAACUGCGCCUGGAAGUUGAAAACAAAUCCGCAACACUUCAGGCGGAGAUCCAGAUUGUCAAAGCGGAAGUGAAGAAACUGCGCCAAGAAUCUGAAGCACGUGCCGCCUUGCUGACCAAGAUACUGGGGGAUGUACGAGCUCAGCUUAAAGCGAAAGACAUUUUCGUGCUCGCCCAGGCGGUCGCAACCAGCCGAGUUGGCGACGUCAUCCGCUGGAGCAAUAGCAACCUCGAUGGUGUGUUUGGAGAGGACGGUGUGAUUCGGUUGCCGCUUUCAGGCUUGUACCAGAUAUUGGCUGUCGUCAAUCACCACGCGGACCGUCUUCCGGAAGCCAUUCAGCUGAUGAAAGGCUCUACUUGUGUACAGUUCGCCUACUCUGGAUACACUCAAGGAAGUUUCUGCUCUACCAGCCUCAUGUGCGUUGUCCGUAUCGACAAGGGCGAUCAACUCACAGUGAAAUGCCCCACUGAAGUCGUUGCAAGCACCUCGAUUACGUUUACUCGCAUCGGGGAUGUUGAAUAG